AUGGCCGACAAGCUUGACGAUGUGCGGCCUAUGUUUGAACUGCGAGGCCGAAACUACUUGAUCACUGGUGGUGCACAGGGUAUCGGUUUUGCGGCCGCACGGGCUAUCGCCGAGUUGGGAGGAAAUCUGGCUGUCUUGGAUAUCCAGGACAGACCGGUUGAGGAGUUCACCGGCCUGGCGUCUAAAUACCAUGUCAACACCUUCUACUUCAAGACAGAUCUCACACAGCAGGAAAGCCUGAAUGCGGGAUUCGACCAAGCCCUCGAAGCUUUGGGAUCGAUUGAUGGUUGUGUACCUGCGGCAGGGAUUGCCAUCGACAAGCCUUUUGUUGACCAGACAUGGGAGGAAUUCACACGCAUUCAGGAGAUCAACGUCCGGGGAACUUUCUUCAUUGUCCAAAGGGUGACCAAGCAGAUCAUCAAGCAACGGACUGCUGGUAGCAUUGUGCUUAUUGCUUCUCAAUCGUCUCACAUUGGCCUUCCAGGCUAUAGAAUGGCCGCAUACAAUGCCUCUAAAGGCGGUGUUCUGAUGCUUUCCAAGGCGCUCGCGGUGGAGCUAGCGAAACAUAACAUCCGGGUCAACACCAUUUCCCCUGGAUUUGUCGAUUCAGAAAUGACACGCAAUGUGCGUUCAGCAAAGAGUAAGCGGGAAGGAGACCAGAUGUGGCUCGCUCCGCCGCUACAAAGGUUGAGCACGCAGAACGAUCUUACGGGUGCGAUUAUCUAUCUUCUUAGCGAUGCAUCGAGACACACAACAGCAGCGGAUAUCCAGAUUACUGGAGGUCUACACGCUGGUACAAUUGAUGGAGUCAUCAGUCCGCCAUCAUAA